AUGCCAUCGCAGCCAGCCCUCCCCCGCGAGCUCAUCGACCAAAUCAUCACCACCCUCAUCACCCUCCAUUCCCACGACCCAGCCUACCAAUGGACAAACCUGCGCCACAUAACCCGGCACCACAAAGCGCACCUCGAGCAACGUUUCCUCGCCCACUGGGUCCCCAAGCUAUCAUUCGAAAUCCCACAUGACUAUGGCUCAUGCCCACUCGUGAAAUUCACCGCCCCCACACCACCGCGCACCCUCCAGAAAGAUGACUCAAGCAACAACGGCGCAGAUAUCGUGGUAUUCACUGAACGUACCGGUCUCCGUCUCACCGAAAUGCCCAACCGCUGGAAACAUCAAAAGACAUCCCUGGGAGCAAUUCGAUUCCAACAUCAUCGUGCACUUCGGUAA